AUGAGUGAUCCUAACACAUCAGGUAGCGGGGUCGUAGGUGAAUCGUCAGGUGUCCGCGUCGCGAUUGAAGGUUGUGGCCAUGGUUGUCUACACAGCAUUUACGCUUCUGUUGAGAGAGCUGCUGCGUUGAAAGGAUGGGAUGGUGUUGACCUAUUGAUCAUUGGAGGCGACUUCCAGGCGGUUCGGAACUCUAACGAUAUGGCCUGCAUGUCUGUACCCAACAAAUAUAAAGAAAUUGGGGAUUUCCAUGAGUACUAUAGCGGACAGCGAACUGCUCCCUACCUGACCAUCUUUGUAGGUGGAAAUCACGAAGCUAGUAACCAUUUGUUUGAGCUUUACUACGGCGGAUGGGUCGCUCCUAAUAUCUAUUACAUGGGUGCCGCAAACGUACUUCGUUUUGGGCCCCUUCGGAUCGCCGGCCUCUCCGGCAUUUGGAAAGGUCGCGAUUACAGAAAACCGCAUUUUGAGAGGCUCCCGUACAAUGACGAUGACAUCAAAAGCAUAUAUCAUGUUCGAGAGCUUGACGUGCGCAAAUUGCUUCAGGUUCGGACGCAGAUUGACGUGGGAUUAUCACAUGACUGGCCCAGACAGAUUGAAUACUGUGGUGAUUGGCAGCAGCUUUUCAGAGCCAAACCAUUAUUCCGCCGGGAUUCGCAAAACGGAACACUCGGUAGUACAGCAGCAGAAUAUGUACUCAACCGUCUGCGUCCAGCAUACUGGUUCUCUGCUCAUUUACACGUGAAGUUUGCGGCUUCCGUCCAGCAUGGCCCGCAGGAAGUUGUUCCCAACCGUCAGUAUGGGCUGGAUGGCGCGUCUCUCACCUCUAUGUUGAGUGAAACAGAAGAGGCAAGCCGGCAAACUGGAUACAGCCAGGCCGAGGCAGAGCCCAACGCGCACGCCGUUUCUGAAACAGGAACAACUGAAGCACAUUACCCAUCAACCACUGAAGCUUUUACGCAGGCCAUGAACGAGAAUAGACCCGUACCUACUGCACAUGACUCUGAGACGGCUGAGUCUGUGCCGGCUCAAACCCGCGAGUCCUUAUCGGCAUGGAAAAAUUUCCACCAAGUAGCUGCGAAUAACGAGGCGGCAGAGAACUCCCUCUUUCCCGCAGGACAAGAGAAGCACGCUGGCACCUCUGCUCUUAACACUCAAUCUCACAACGUCACUUGGAAGAAAAUCUACACUGACGAGGACGGACUUGAGCGGAAAUUAGGGGGCAUUGAAAAGAGCGCACCGCGCGAGGCCAAGAAGCAGAAGGUCGAGCACGAGCCGCCACUUGUGAAGAACUCUGACGAAAUAAACCUCGACUUAGAAAGUGAUUCUGACUUGGAUGCGGGGGCUGUAUCAGCGAGAUCCUCUGCAGAGACGGUCACUGCGACAAAAUCGGUCAGUGGCUUCCAAGGAACCGCUCUACCGCAGGAGCCAUCUACAAGUCGCUACUCUGAGGUGUCAGACGACGUCCGAAGUCAGUUGCCGGCUAGUUUCUUUACCUCACAUGAGUCCCCUCCAUCUACAUCAGAUACCACCCUCCCCUUCCCUGCAGAGAUAACCAACAAAACCACGAACUUCCUUGCUCUAGAUAAAUGCCUCCCGAACCGGGAGUUCCUCCAACUUCUGGAGUUAGACUCACUGUACGGGAAAACUGACCAGGCUCAGUCUCAACGCCCUUUUCGCCUCCAAUACGACAAAGAAUGGUUGGCAAUCACGCGCGUUUUCGCUGGAGAGCUUCGCCUUAGUGGUGGUCCAGACGAUAGAACACCGGCCAACAGAGGUGAAGCAGUCUAUAGACCACUGAUUGAGGAAGAAGAAAAAUGGGUUGAGGAGCACAUCGUUAAGCCUGGCAAGCUCGAUGUUCCUGCAAACUUUACGCCAACUGCACCGGUCUAUGACCCCGAGGUUCCUGUUAACACAGAUCAGCAGCCCCCUGAAUACAAUAAUCCUCAAACAGCUGCGUUCUGUGAUCUUGUUGGGAUUGAGAACAAGUUCGUUCUGACAGAUGAGGAGCGCCAGAAACGAUGUGUUACGAAUCUAUUACGAAAUAUCAUGCGUGCUGCCGACUACCAAUUCAAGGCGUAA